AAUCCAAAGCCGAUAAGACCUAUGACGAGCGAAAAGUCAAACUAAGCAAUGAAGUGCAAAACAAACCAUCCAUAAAAAUAAAACAUGCAUAUCCCCACUCAGCAGGGAAGAAAAACAAAAACAAUAUCCUCUCUCUCUCUCUCUCUCUCUCUCUCUCUCUCCAACGAAAAUCAAAUUGGAAUGGCAUUGGAUUUGGAUACGGAGGCAGCAAUGAAUGAAGGGGUUUGUGUUACAGGGGCAGGAGGAUUUAUUGGCAGCUGGCUUGUCAAUCUUCUUCUCUCCAAAGACUACUCCGUCCAUGGAACUGUCAGAAAUCCCCAGGAUACCAAGAAUGCUGCCUUGUAUGAGCUUCCCAAAGCUUCUCAGAACCUUAAACUCUUCAAGGCAGAUGUACUUGAUUACCAUUCUCUUGGUCCCGCAAUUGCAGGCUGUCAUGGCGUCUUUCAUGUUGCCAGUCCUAUACCGUCUUCCACUAUCAAAGAUCCCCAGACAGAAAUGUUUGAGCCUGCAGUGAAGGGCACAUUGAAUGUUCUAAAAGCUUGUGCGGAAGCAAAAGUAAAGAGAGUUGUUGUUGUAUCCUCUGUAGCUGCUGUUAUGAUGAACCCCAACUGGCCCAAGGGUCAAGUGAAAGAUGAAACCUGUUGGUCUGAUAAACAAUACCUCAAAUCAAGUCAGACAUGGUAUCAUCUUUCAAAGACAGAAGCUGAAAGUUUGGCCUUGGAGUUUGGCAAAACAAAUGGACUUGAUGUUGUGACUGUUUGCCCUUCCCUUGUUUUGGGGCCAAUUCUGCAGUCUACACCAACUUCAACAGCUUUCCUCCUCCUUAGCCUACUCAAUGGGGAGUACAAAGCAUACCAACUCACGCAUUGGUUAGCAGUGGAUGUCCGUGAUGUAGCUGAAGCACUGUUGAUGGCAUACAAGAAACCUGAGGCAGAAGGAAGAUACAUUUGCACUGCACACUCAAUCUGGCUAGAUGAUCUGGUCGACAAGUUGAAGAAUAUUUAUCCCGACUACAACUAUCCCAAACACCUUAGUCGAGGGGAUGGAGAAGAGGAUAAGCUGAGUUCAGAAAAAUUACAGCGGCUGGGUUGGAGUUUUCGGUCAUUGGAGGAAACUAUCGUUGAUGCUGUUGAAAACUACAAGAAGGCUGGACUUUUGGAUUAACUAAUAGUACUAGUUCCCAACUAUAUUAUGGGCUUUGACAUUUUAUAUAAUAUAUUGUGUUCAUGAAAGUCAAUAAUUUAACAUGAAUAUAUGUUUUCUAUUAAUUUGAUGUUUUAAUCAUAUGACUAUUUAUAGAGUUUGUUUAUAUCAAUAA